UCUCUUUCUCUUUCUUCUUCUCUUCCUCAACACAUCUUAUUUGUGUUGGCCUCAUAAUCCUCCAUGCGGUACUGCGUUCUUGCGGUUCGCACGUCGACCCCAUCCCAAAAUGCCAUGGCCAUGGCGCGAUCGCGAAUCCAACGGCGAGUCACUGCUUCCAUUCUCGGUUCCCAGUAUCAAUGGAAUAGGCCAAGAUUAUGAUUAUGAUCGUGGCCACGAUGGAGAUGAAUUUAUCGAAAGGUCGCGCUCCAAUGCUAGGAGGCCUGGCCAUACCCGGACCACUUCUGCACAAUCACGGUCUAUCGCGGAAGGAUAUUCUUUCCUAACAGCCACUGACACAGCAGCUCGUCUUCAUACGUCCUUAACCCACGGUCUUACUCCUACCGAAGCUUUGUCGCGACUAGGAGAUUUUGGUCCAAACGAGAUACCUCACGAUCCACCCGAUCCGUUAUGGCUACGAUUCUUAAUGCAAUUUCGAGAACCGCUCAUCAUUCUACUUCUUGUCUCCGCUUUCCUCUCCAUCUUCGUAGGGAACAUGGAUGAUGCCAUUAGCAUUACCAUCGCCGUGACCAUUGUUGUUACUGUCGGUUUCGUGCAGGAAUAUCGAUCUGAAAAGUCAAUCGAGGCUCUCAAUCACCUGGUUCCCAACCAUGCUCAUUUAGUCAGAGCCCAGUCUACGCGAUCUUCCCCCGGUAGUAGAAAUCAGGCAUGGCCACCAGCUGCGAGUGAUAUGGAAGAAAAAUCAGGGUCAGAAGCGCCCGAUGAGGAGUUGUUGGACGCUACAUCUUCAAAAGUCAUGGCCGCUCAACUAGUCCCUGGGGAUUUGGUCUUUUUCACCACAGGCGAUCGUAUCCCGGCCGAUAUCCGAAUUACGAAGGCUACCGAUCUUACGAUUGAUGCGUCAAAUCUGACUGGGGAAAAUGAGCCUCUGAGGAUGACAGCCGACGCGCGAUUCCGUGCCCAAGCGUCCUCCACGUUUGAUCAAGGUGGAAUGCGCCACCCGAGCCCUUCCGUUUUAUCCCCUCCUUCGCACUAUAGAGAAUCCAAGGAAGACGCGCAUGAUCAUGGAGUCAACAACAUUGCGUAUAUGGGAACUCUAGUUAAGUCAGGUCACGGGCAAGGCAUAGUCUUCGCUACCGGCGGCAACACCCAUUUCGGAACUAUCGCCACGAGCGUGUCAGGGACUGAAAGUCCUCGCUCACCCCUUCAACAAAAUAUGGAUCUCCUGGGACAACAGCUUAGUCAAAUAUCGUUCGGCAUAAUCGGUCUCAUAUCGUUGGUCGGUCUACUGCAAGGCAAGAAGAUCCUCGAAAUUUUUACCAUAUCUAUCUCGCUUGCUGUUGCGGCAAUUCCAGAAGGUCUACCCAUCAUAGUGACAGUCACCUUGGCCCUCGGUGUUCAUCGCAUGGCAAAGCAUAAUUCUAUUGUUCGAAAGAUGCCAAGUGUCGAAACGUUAGGCUCCGUUAAUGUCGUCUGCUCUGACAAGACCGGAACACUGACCAUGAAUCAUAUGACAACCGCCAAGAUGUGGUACUUUGGUUCCAAAGAACCGAUCAACGUUGACUCUGACGACGAAGCGACAGAAAAGUCACCCGAUGUUGCGGCACUGAGGAUAUUGCGAAUAGGUAAUAUCGCAAACAAUGCGCGCCUUACUCACUCUGCCCAAACUGUGCUGCCUGACUCUCAAGGCAGAGAGUUCGCGCCGUACACACGAUGGGUCGGACAACCAACCGAUGUCGCGAUGCUGGAUCUUCUCGAUCGAUUUAAGGAGCAUGACGUAAGGGACUCGAUUGGUCCUCGUACAGUUGAGAUUCCUUUUAGCUCUGAGAGAAAAUGGAUGGGGGUGGUGAUAGGUGCCCAACCUGGCAACAGUGAGAAGGAAUACGCUUACAUGAAGGGCGCUAUAGACAAGGUCCUCGACGCAUGUGACACAUAUCUCAUGGCAGAUGGCCGUGAAGUUGUUAUAGACUCGGUUCGACGUCAAGAGGCCUUACAAGCGGCUGAAAGGAUGGCUGAAAGAGGUCUUAGAGUACUAGCCUUUGCCAGCGGACCAGUCACCAAGCCAGGAUGGAGUAAAUCUGGACACAACUCCAAUCGAAGUCCUACCCCCCAUGGCGCAGAUUCCCACCACGAAGAGUUAUAUAAAGGCCUAACUUUUGCAGGCUUAGUAGGAAUGAGUGACCCUCCACGACCUGGAGUCUCACACUCGAUUCGGAAGUUGAUGCGAGGCGGUGUCAAGGUCAUUAUGAUCACUGGCGACUCAGCUACGACAGCGCUAGCCAUUGGAAGGGAACUCGGUAUGCAGAUUGCGACACCCCGUGAACAUUCGUCAAACCAGGUUGCUGUAAAGCCCGUACUCACUGGCGAUGAGCUUGAUGCAAUGACCGAUGACGGUCUAGCAGCAGCAAUGCAAAAUACGACGAUAUUUGCACGUACCAACCCUGAUCACAAGAUGAAGAUCAUUCGAGCGCUCCAGUCUCGUGGUGACAUCGUUGCCAUGACUGGGGAUGGAGUCAACGAUGCGCCGGCAUUGAAGAAAGCUGAUAUUGGCAUAUCUAUGGGUUUACAUGGAACGGAUGUCGCCAAAGAAGCUUCAGAUAUGAUUUUGACGGACGACGACUUUUCCACGAUUCUUCGCGCCAUUGAGGAAGGCAAGGGCAUAUUCAACAACAUCCAGAAUUUCAUCACCUUCCAGCUGAGCACUAGUGUAGCUAGUCUAGCUCUGGUACUCAUCUGCACCUGCAUGGGGUUCAGGACACCCCUGAACGCCAUGCAGAUUCUCUGGAUCAAUAUCAUCAUGGAUGGCCCGCCAGCCCAAUCUUUAGGUGUCGAACAAGUCGACCCUGACGUGAUGUCCCGCCCGCCACGCUCUCGAAGCGAACCAGUUCUCACGAGAAACUUGCUUGAGCGUGUUCUUACUUCGUCUGCCAUCAUCAUGGUAGGGACAAUGCUCGUAUAUACACACGAAAUGCUCGACGGCGAAGUUUCGCGCCGCGAUACGACAAUGACGUUCACAUGCUUCGUCCUGUUUGACAUGUUCAACGCGUUGACUUGUCGCUCGGAGACAAAAUCCAUCUUCAGGGGUGAAGUGGGCCUGUUUUCCAACAAACUUUUCAACUGGGCAGUAUCUCUGAGCAUGGCUGGCCAGCUGCUCGUCAUCUACUUCCCGUGGCUCCAGGAAGUGUUCCAGACGGAGGCUAUAGGGCUCUUUGAUCUUAUCAGGUUAUUCGCAUUGGCAAGCUCGGUGUUCUGGGUCGACGAGGCGCGCAAAUGGUAUAAAUACGGGCGCAGGCGAAUGGGCGGGUACAGCCAGGCCGUCUAGUGUUUAUGAGAGAUGGUGUUUGCAUCUCCUGUUUGUUGCGUGCGCCUAUGAAACUGUACAAAAGCAGAAGAAAAAGACGAAGAAGAGGGAAAAGAUUACAAGAGGUCUACGAUAUGAUUUGACACAUUGGGUUACGGCAUAAACUAAAAAUAAUGUGAAAUUCAUUUGCCUACGAUCAUCCACAUUGAUCCGUACGAAGCGUUUUCAUUUACAACACGGGGUAAUGCCUAGAUACAUGUACUGUAGGUAGUCAACGGUCAGUGAUACAUAAAUAAGCUUAGACUUGGUUAGAUCAUUAAAAGGGUGGUUUUGUUCGGAGGUGUCAAGCAAAAUAUAUACCUCUCUCUCUCUCUCUCUCUCUCUCUCUCUCUUUCCAUUUAAUCGUCGAUCUCCACGCCCAAGAACUCCUUCUUGAACCGCUUCCAGAGCCU